UGAAACAUAUGAACAUAACAGCAGAAUAAAAAAAAAGCAUACAGUUUUUUUGUUUAUUGAUCAAGAAGCAAUGUACUUCAAUCAAGUUAAUUUGAUGGAAGUAAAAAAUGAUAAAAUGCAUCAACGUUAAAGCUAUUGUAAUUAAUUUCAUCUUCAUUGUUACGCUGACGAAUCCAUCGAGUCUGGAUGAAUAUAGUAGAACAGUCGACAAUAAGAACAACCAAAAUGUUGGAAGUAUCAUCUUUGAUGAGAACGACGUAACGAAAGCAUGCUGGAAUAAUGAACAAUUGACAUUAUUGAUUAGCCGGAAAAUAUUUCAGGAUUUAUUGCCAGAGGUAGAAACACUUGAUGCUGAAAAUAAUGAAUUCCCUCUGUUAAUUUUGGAGUACAUGGACAUCUGUUUGGGGAUAGUUAAAAAAUCAGCAACUGGUAGAAUGAAACGAUUAUUGAAAAGAGCUUUGGCCGACACAUUGGCCGGUUAUCUUUACACUUACAUUCUUCCUAUGAUAAGGAAAUCUUAUUACGCCGGUAAUAUUCAGUAUGAAGAUACUCAAGAACUUGUUGAUUUAUACUAUGAAAUAUUACGAUUCAUGCAUUCUGAUGGAGUUGGUUGGAUUAAACCUAAAAAUGAUAUCCAAUAUGAAGGAGAACCCAUUGCAAUAGAACCUGAUCCUGAAGCUUGUUCAAACUUGGUUCUAUAUCAAGAAGGCGGAGCCUUUAAUAUACCGAUACCCUUUCUUGAUGACAACAAUAACCCUGCCAGUAUAGCAUUGCCAUUCCAGAAUGAAAGUCUUUUUUCUCUUUUUACCGAGAACUCGGCAUUUAUUCUGGUAAAAUACUACAAAGCUGGUUACGGUUGUAUAUCAUCUCCCCGAGAAAAAAGAGGAGGAGGUACAAAAGGCAAUGUUAAUAAAUUUAUAAAGCAAUUUGACGAUUGGUUAAAUCAAGCUGUAAUUUCGCAUCUGGAUGAUGAAAAGUGGUAUCCAGCAUUCGGUGGAGUUUUACGAAUAAUAAAAAGUCUUAAAACAGCUGAAGAAACUACUCAAAGUUCAAUUGACUAUGAAGAAUCCGAUAAUCCUAUCGUAGGAGCUCCAAUUAGUCCUACGUCAACAUACUCACCGAUUGAAGCAAAUAAAUCACACUGGUCGACGUGGGAAAUAAUUUUAAUAUUUGUAAUAUUCGCAGUAUUAUUGUGGCUGUUGGUUGGCAUGUGUGUAUUUUGUUGUAGAAAAAAUUACUCAAAUUAUUACCGGGAUGGAACACCCUUUGCUGUGGUCUACAAAAAUGACAAAUGUAUCAAUCAGGAGAAUGUUUUUUCUGGACGAGGCGCUAGACAGUCAAUGUGGUCAUGGAAGAAAAAAUAUUCAGAUCUCGGCUGUCCGUGUGGCAAAGAAGUUGAUAUUGAAGGAAGAGAUGAAGAAUUUAUGGGUGCUACAGAUUAUCAAAAUUACAUGACAAAUGAAGUUAAUGAAAAAAAAAGAAAAAUAGGUUUUAAUUCAAAACCAACAGUUAAAAGUGCGCCAAUUAAAUAUCACAAUACGGAUUCAGUUAUGUCUACCUCGGGAAGAAGUAACUUUGCCGAUAACUGUAACUCCUCACCCUCGUGAAGCUAAAUGAUUAUAAAUAAAAUAAAAUAAUUUAAACUGUAAAAAAUUCAGGGAAGAAAAU